AUGCUGAAGCUGCACAGUGGUGACUCUGAGCCUUUUGAUGACCCCAAGAAGUACAGGUCCAUUGUAGGAGCCUUGCAGUACCUAACAAUAACAAGACCAGACAUUUCUUUUACUGCAAACAAGUGCUCUCAGUUCAUGCACAAACCAACUCUUGAGCAAUGGAAGGCGGUCAAGCGUGUGUUAAGAUACUUGCAAGGAAUGAUCUUUAGCAAAUGUACUGACUACAGAAUUCUCACCUUUGCAGAUGCAGACUGGGCAUCUGAUUUAGAUGAUAGAAGGUCUACCAGCGGGUACUUCGUUUUUCUUGGAAGAGUGGAAAGCAGUCAAAGGUGA